AUGAGCGAAGUUGCAUCCGACCCAGGUAACACUGUUGCAGACGGCGUCCCGAAAUGUCCAGUCGACGACUGCAACCUUACAGUAGACGUGAUUCUUCGGUCGUCUGACGGGGAAUCAUUCGGAGCUCACCAAUUCAACCUCGAGUGCUAUAGUGCCAGCUUCCCACCAGCCGCAUCCACCACCACAAAUUCGCCAGAAGAGAUGACCGUCGAGCUGACCGAGACCGCUGCUGUUCUGCGGCUUAUACUCCAGUACAUGCACAAUGUCCGCCAACCGGACCUUAGCAAAGUCUCCUUCCUCGUGCUUUCUUCUCUUGCCGAAGCUGUGGAGAAGUACCUUGUAUUUUCGGCGAUUGACGUGUGUAAGGUCUUCAUGGAUAAGCUUUCGAAGGACGAUUACCCAUCAGAAGUGUUGAUGUAUGCGGCAAAGCACGAUUAUCUGGACUUGGCGGACAAAGCUGCGCGAUUAACACUUGGAAAGUCGGAUUCCGAGAUGGUGGCUGCCGCAGAGGGCCUGCAAGCCCCGGCUCUCGUCAUUCUGAAAUGGGUUGGGAUGCACUCACUUAUUCCGCGAGUGAACCUUUACUAA